AUGCGCAGCGAGACUCUCUGGUCGAACAGGAUUCCUCUGGAUGCCGUUGAAUGGAGUCAAAGUUUGCGACAAGAAGGGGCUCGUGGUCUGUCCAAAACACUGCGGCAUGUCGGUGAAGAAGGCAAGACAUGCUUUGGUCCCAUCGAUUCAUGCCACGGCUCCUCAUGUCUCGGAGACGCACCGAACACUGCUUGGAAUGGGCAUGGAAUAUGGAGACGCAGUAGCGGGAGCAUGCUUUUCCGCUUCCCUGCAGAGCGUCACACUGCUAACGCAUGGUCGGGGUUGCCAUUCACUGCAUCUAUAGGCUACAUAUGA